AUGCGGCGAUUUUUCGGUCGAUCUGCGGCCCUGCCGGCGAAGCUGACUACGCACGAGAGCGAGGUGAGCUUUGCGUCGGCGUCGGCGUCGGCUUACGAGAUGUUGCUCCAGAGCAGCAGCACCGAGAGAGAGGUAGACCGCAACAAGAGCGCAACAAGACGAGAGCUGCUGCACCGAACAUCGUCGCCACAUGCGCUGCAGCGAGUCUGGCUGGCCGCGGCCGAUGCUCGGCGUCCGUCCUGGACGGGAGAGCGGCCGGCCGCACGAAAGCUAGUCAAGGACCCCAACGGCUCAGCGCGGCCAUCCUUCUCGGUCGAGAUCUCAGACAGAAACGACCGGCCUCGUGGCAGAGACACGGCGGCCGAGGGCCUCCGCCGAACUGUGGCACGCUGGCGAGAAAUGCGCUGGGGCUCGACGGCGCCGUGA